GAGACAGCCUUGAGAAAGCAGGGACCUCGCCUUUUUUCCUUCCCCUUCCAAGUCAUCCUCAUCACCAGUGAACCUGGCCACUCUCUUCUGUAGUCAUGGAGAACUACUCCUUCCCUGAGACCAAUUCCUCAUGUACAGACUGCACUGUGAGAGGGCAUGGGGGUCUGAAUAUGUCCACUCCUCCACUUAGCCCCAGGUUCUACGUCACAGUGCCUGUCAUCUACUCAGUUAUCUGUGUCGUGGGGCUGACAGGCAACACUGCUGUCAUCUAUGUAAUCCUCAAAGCGCCAAAGAUGAAAACCGUAACCAACAUCUUCAUCCUCAACCUGGCCAUUGCUGAUGAGCUCUUUAUCCUGGUGCUACCCAUCAACAUUGCUGACUACCUGCUCCUGCAGUGGCCCUUUGGAGAGUUCAUGUGCAAGCUCAUCAUCUCUAUAGACCAAUACAACACUUUCUCCAGCAUCUAUUUCCUCACUGUCAUGAGCAUUGACCGCUACCUUGUUGUGGUGGCCACCACCAAGUCCAGGAAGACGUCCUACCGCACCUACCGAGCAGCCAAGAUCGUGAGCCUUUGUGUCUGGUCUUUUGUCACAGUCAUCAUCCUGCCCUUCACUGUCUUUGCUAAGAUACACAAGGAGCAGGGGCGUUCCCAGUGUGUCUUUGUGUUCCCCCAUCCUGAGAGUGUGUGGUGGAAAGGCAGUCGGAUCUACACCCUUAUUUUAGGUUUCGUCAUCCCAGUGUCCACCAUCUGCACCCUCUACACCACUAUGUUGUUCAGACUGAGACAUAUGCAACUCAAUUGCAAUGCGAAAGCUCUGGACAAAGCCAAAAAAAAGGUGACACUAAUGGUAGUUGUCAUCUUGGCUGUGUGCCUGUUUUGUUGGACACCCUAUCACCUCAGCACAGUGGUGGCCCUCAUCACAGACAUCCCACAAACUCCACUCAUCAUUGGGAUUUCCUACUUCAUCACCAGCCUAAGUUAUGCCAAUAGCUGCUUCAACCCUUUCCUGUAUGCCUUUCUGGAUGACAGUUUCCGGAGGAGCUUUUGCAAACUGAUAGAUCGCAGAACCACCUCAUAAAGCCAACCCUCUGUCCCAUCAUUUGUACCUCUCACAGUCACCUGCUUUUCCUGGGUGAUUCCAGCCCAG